AUGCUGCUUGAUGUUCUCAAUUUACAGACAAGCCUAGUGCUAACAUACUUACUUCUCUUUAAUUUCCUCGUGGAGUCUGAGCACGAGGCAGCGACUAGCAAUGGAAGCGCAGGUCCUCUGGGAAUUGCCAUCGUCGGUGCUGGAAUUGGGGGCGUGACUGCUGCUAUCGGGCUUCGUCGAAACGGCCACAUUCUCUACGAGAAAUCCCCUUUGGCCAACGAGUUCGGCGCUGCCGUCGGACUCUACCCCAAUGGCACCGGAAUCCUGCGGGCCUGGGGGAUCUUUGCAGAAACAUUCGGCGCGAAUUCCAUGAGCCGAUUCGUCGAGUACGCAAGGGACGGGAGUGUUCUACGCGAAUUCCCCGAGCCAAACUGGACAUGCUGGAAACAUCCCUCCCAGCUUGUUUACCGAGUUGCUCUCCACGAGGGUUUGAAGCAGAUUGCCACGUCUCCAGAUGGCCCUGGCACCCCCGCGAAACUCUUCACGUCGAGCAAGGUUGUGGCUGUCAAUCCGGAGCAGGGAACCGUUACCCUGGAGAACGGCACCGUGGCCACCGCGGAUGUCGUGGUUGGAGCCGAUGGCGUCUAUUCCACGACGAGAAAAUACAUUUGCGACACCCAGCUGGUUAGCUCUGGACAGGCCGCCUUCAGAUUCAUGAUACCUCGGUCGACAGCUGAGGCCGAUCCUGUCACAGCGCCACUUGUCAAAAAUCUUAUAAAUACAAUGUCAAGUUGGUCAGGGGGCGACCGGUGGCUUGUGAUGUACCCAUGCAAUGACAAUCAACUGUUGAACUUUGCUUGUAUCCAUCCCGGAUCCGAAUCACACGCGGUUCAAAGUGAUGAGUGGAACAAGCAGGCAUCCCUCGACCAGGUGCUCAAGGUAUACGACGAGUUCGAUCCUUCUGUCAAGGCAUUCUUGGCCAAGGCAGAUCCUUCAACCAUCAAAGUCUGGCAGCUGAUGGACAUGGACAAACCGCCCACAUGGGUCUCGGGGAAGCUGGCGCUUCUCGGGGACGCGGCACACCCCUUUACGCCCCGUAAACAUUGGACAGGCGCCGUCAAAGCAAUCGAGGACGCCGCAGCCCUUUCCGUGGUCCUACCCCCGUCAACACCCCACAGCCAAAUCUGCGAGCGCCUCAAACUGUAUGAGUCCAUUCGCUACGAGCGGGCUCAUAAGAUUCAGCACGCUUCGAGGAUGACUGGCCAGGACCGUGUAGACGGCAAACCCGAGGUUGACAGUGAGUUGAAAUACCAUCACCACUGA